AUGCUCAUGUCUGUCUGCCACAAGGGAGACUUUCUUUCUUUCUUUCUUUCUUUCUUUCUUUCUUUCUUUCUUUCUUUCUUUUCUUUCUUUCUUUUUCUUCUUCUUUCUUUCUUUCUUUCUUUCUUUCUUUCUCAUUUCUUUCUUUUCACCCCUUGCUUUCCUUUCUUUGAAGCUUUCCUUUCUUUCUUUCAGGACCUUUCUUUCUUUCUUUCUUUCUUUCUUUCUUUCUUUUCUUUCUUUCUUUCUUUAUAUUUCUUUGUUUCUUUUUUCUUUUUUCUUUUUUUUUCAUUCUUUCUUUCUUUCUUUUCUUGUUUCUUUCUUUUUUCUUUCACUUUCUUUCUUUCUUUCGAUUUCAUUAUUUCUUUCUUUCUUUUCUUUCUUUCUUUUCUUUCGAGGAUUUUCUUUUCUUUCUUUCUUUCUUUUUCUUUCUUUCUUUCUUUCUUUCUUUCUUUCUUUCUUUCUUUCUUUUUUCUUUUGCUUUCCUUUCUCUCUUUCCUUUCUUUCUUUCUUUCUUUUCAGACAUUUUUUCUCUUUAAAAAUAAUUUAAAGCUCCCCCAUUUCUCUCUCUCCUUUUUUUCUCUCUUCCCCUUUCUCAUUCUAAUAUCUAUCUAUCUAUCUAUCUAUCUAUCUAUCUAUCUAUCUAUCAGACAGAAAGAUAGACGUUGUGAGAUCAGUGGAUAA